CUUUUACUUGUUCUUCUGUUCACAGAGCGGGCCGUAUGGGCCGUACGAAACAUCCACUGUCAACGCACACAGGAUCCACCUCUUGCUCAAUUCGUCGACUGUGGAAAGAGUUCAAAUAAAGUCGCCCACAACGAUAACUUCACUUGAGGUGGAUACCUCUACAAGUGGGUCUUGUCCAAGGUGGAGAUGGAUAUGCCGUUACGUUCGAUCCACCUCAAUCCACUUUUUCCCCCUGAGCAGCAAUUGCCGCCAUGCGCCGCGAAUCACAACCCUCGAUCGCGCUCUCACGUGGCCCUUCUCGAAAGAUCCUCGAAAGCCGAAAGGGAAUCGGCAAGUAAUUAUAGCAUCAUUACUACAGAAGGCAACGGCCCGAAGUGCAAAGAACGGAGAAGAACAACUUAAAUUCCAAACCCCGGCUCAACCUUCUUUCGUUACCCAGUCGCGAAUGUUACGCCUGCGUUUUGCAAUCCGAUCACUCAGCAUUUCAGGCGUGCCUUAUUUUAUUGCCUACUUCUCCGUCAUUUGGGACCUUCGGUAACGUACGCUAUCCACUGGAAUUGAGCUUCAUCUCUCCGGCGGCCCGCCAAUGUGCCCCACUUGAACCCCGCGCCGGGUAUGAGCCCCACGGGCACUUAUCGACAUUAGCGUGGUUCAACUCUGAGAUCAUAUCUUAUGCCCUCAAAAAAUGACAUGUGGACCGCCUAGGCAAGUGCUGACAGCCGUUCAGUUAUUAUUAUUAUGUACCUGAAUGCCUACGGGAUACAGGAUACAGCUUUUGCAAGGUAUAUAAAGAAGAGCUCCCAUGUUUGUUAACUUUUCAUGCCUACAAAACAGAUUAUCAUGCCUUCAGGAAACGCUACAGAUUUUGUACCUGCGCACUUAGACCCGGCCGCCGAUCUCAAGGAUCUCGAAGCCAACAAAGGGGAGACGGAGCAUGUUGAACAUGCCUCUGUCAAGAAUGAAGAGGGCGACCUCGGCUUCGCUAUCAGCGAGGACAACAGUAAGCCCCGUAAAGGUCUGAGAAGGCUUCUGCGACGCAAUCCUUCCGCCGAAUUCCUUCGAGAAGUGGCAGAGGCCAACGAACAUGAACUUGACCCUGUUGAAGUGAAGAAAGUUGAGAGAAAGCUUUUCUGGCUCUUUGUCCCUGCUCUUGCUGUCGAUUAUGCCUUUUAUUAUAUAGACAAGACCACAUUGUCCUAUGCUGCGCUUUUCGGUCUGAAGGAAGACUUGAAGUUGCAUGGUACUGACUACUCAAAUCUUUCCUCAAUCUUCUAUGUUGGCUGGAUCAUCUGGGCUAUCCCCGGCAACCUUCUAAUGGGAAAGUUUCCUCUGGCCAAGUAUCUAGCUAUCAACAUUUUCUUAUGGGGUAUUUUCCUCAUGGCUCAAGGUGCUUCACAAAAUUAUGGUGACAUGGUUGGACUUCGUUUCGUCUCUGGAAUGUUCGAGGCUGUUGCCGAUCCUUGCUUUGUCGCUCUUACCGGCAUGUGGUUUACCCGUAAACAACAGCCCACUAUCAUUGGCUACUGGUACAGCUUCAACGGUGUCGGUAUUGCCUUUGGCGGUUUGAUCGGAUACGGCAUCGGACAUAUCAAAAGUUCACUUGCCUCUUGGAGAUAUGAGUUCAUCAUCAUCGGAGCUGCCUGCUCCCUGUGGGCCAUUUUCAUGGGAAUCGUGCUCCCAGACGCGCCACACACCGCCAAAUGGUUGACACGGCGGGAGCAGAUCAUUGUUGUGUCGCGGAAAAGACAUGAUUACCACAACGUCGACCGACGCCAGUUCAAACUUGAUCAAGUCUUGGAGACGUUUAAAGACCCAAAGACCUAUCUUUACUUUCUGCUAGGCACAUUUGCCAACAUUCCAAAUGGAGCUACCAGCAAUUUUGGCACUCUUGUCAUCAAAGGCUUGAAUUUCACCACGAUGCAGACCACGCUUUUGCAGAUUCCUUACGGCGCCUUUAUCGCUUUCAUGAUUUAUAUGGCCAUUUAUGUCAAUCAUAAGACUCAUCGCUUCAACGUUCGAACACUCCUCAUGGCAUGUGUCACGGUCUUGACUGUGGUCGGAUUUGCCAUGAUGGCGUUCACCAAACCAACUGCAUCUCGUCUCAUUGGCUACUACUUCACUGGCUCUUCCAAUGCUGUUUUCGUCCUCGCCUUGUCAUUGGUAUCGGGUAAUGUAGGAGGAGUCACGAAGCGGGUACUUGCUUCGGCGUCUAUUUUCUUAGGUGUGGCUUUAGGAAACAUUGUUGGCCCCUAUUCGUUCUUGGACUCGGAGGCGCCUACUUAUCACACCGGUAUCAUUGUCUGCAUGUGCAGCCGUGCGGCAGAGAUCGUCGUGAUCCUUGCUCUCAGACUGUGCUUUGUCAUUCCAAACAAUCGUAGAGAUAAGAAGUUUGCUGAAGGGGAUGAGAGGUACGACCCGAACGUCCAGGUCUUUGAGGAUAUGACGGACAAGCAAAACUUGCACUUCCGUUACGUCGCCUAAUAUCAUUCACUGACACUUUCUGGGAUAUUGAAGAUGAUGAUUACUGGUCAAAUAUCAAGGGAUUCCUCUGUGGGCUUGGUCAUACGAAGAGAGACCGUGUGUUCUAAUGUAAACGAAGAAGCAUUGAGAAGAAAAUUGGCUUCAUCUUGUAGAUUUAUGUAACUGUACCAUUAAACUGAGUUCCUGUAACGGUA